CGACAAGUAAGCUAGUAUGUCCACCAAAUAUCCAUUUCCAUCACAUGUUUCUGUCCAAAGCUUUGUUACAGUGAAGCUAAGUGAUAAGUGCAUGUAUCCUUUAUGGAAAACACAGAUGUUACGUCUCUUAGAGAGCCAUGAUAUGCUUGGUUUCAUCAAUGAAAGUAGCAUGCAGGUUGGGGAUGAGCAGAAGCUGUGGAACAGAUCAGAUGCGCUUGUUCAUGGUUGGAUUCUUGGUUCCCUUUCCGAACAAGCAGCCAUAACAGUCUUGAAUAGUCUCGAAUCCAAACUCCGUCAACAAACGCGUUUUACAGCCAAACAUAUAUGGGAUCAAGUGCAAAGUAUGUAUGAUCAACAAGCAGAGCAAGAAGAAGAAAGAAAAGUAGGUUCUGGCUCACCCUGCAUAGAUUUGAUGCAAAAGGUAAGGGAAAAGAGAGAUGGGACAAGAAAUAAGCAAGUGUUGUAUGAUGCUGUUGAGUGUGGAAAACUACAACAAGUGGUGAGUAUCAUAAACAAGGAAAAAGUUGCAAUCACAGAGAGUAUCAGCAUCAAUGGCAACACAGCUCUCCACAUAGCAAUGGCCUACAAGGAUGAUGGGGAUGGGUUUCUAAAGAGCAUGUUGGAUCUCACUGAUAUUCCACUAACAGAGGUCCGAAAUUCAGAUGGAAGCACUCCGCUUCAUCUAGCUGCUUCAUUUGGGAAUACAAAUGCUGCUAAGAUCUUGCUAGACAGAAGCCCAAACUUGUUGCAUGCAAAAGAUAACCAAGGUUGCACGCCGCUUGACAUAAUUGUUUCCCGACCUUGGAAUAAGGAAAUGUGUCUCUUUUUUAAAUCCGUAAUAUUGCCAGACAUAGAACAUGCAGAUCACGAGCCUUUGGUAGUUAAUGCUAUUGGUUCCAAACAUUUUGACUUAGCAUUGACUUUAAUACAAAGAUGCAAUAAUCCGUUGAAGAGCCCUGCUGUGCUGAUAGCUAUAGCUCAAAACUGUCCGGCUGAUUUCACACCUAUCCAACUCAUCAUCUAUGAAUUGUUGCGGACGCCGGUUCUACAUUUCAUAACUAGAGGUACCUCGAAUAUGAAGGGCUGUAUGAAGCUAGCAAACUUGGUCCUCAGAGCGGUUUUGGCGUACCCUUUUAAAAUGCUUAUCCGGAUUUGCAUCAAGCUCCAAGGUGAUACAUAUUAACUAACUAAAGAAAGUGUUACAUACAUGUUAACAAAUGUGGAUGGAUGAUUCAUAUGUGUAUUUAUAUACCAUUGGGGUGCGCACGCGAUGCGACGAGGAACACAACAAAUAGGUUGUUGAUUUUAAGGAUGAGUAGAGUGUGAUUUAGUUCGGUUUUUAGCUACAAGCAAAACCAACUUAU